CCAAGAUGGCGGUGGUGGGAGUCAUUUUUUCGCUAAUCGUCUGCCAGCUUGUCGGAACGGUUACAUCAGAGUAUGGAAUCCUGAAGGCCCAGCCCAGAGACCUGUCUACAUACCAGUACUACUGCCUGAGGUACGACCCACAGUGGGAACGCCUGCCUACAGAUCCAGAUGAAGCAGUGCCAGACCCCUUACUGGACAUGACCCCCCUGUACGGCUGUGAGGACUACAAGUCCCCUGCCCGGGUACCAAACCAUGUUGUUGCCAUCAUGAGAGGAAACUGCACGUUCUUCCAGAAAGCCAGGACAGCACAGAAGUACGGAGCAGACGCAAUCAUCGUCAUAUCACAGGACAAACUGGUUGACCCAGGAGGAAACAGUAGUGAUUAUAAGGAGAUCCACAUCCCUGUUGCUCUGCUGUCUCACGAAGACUUUCUACACAUGAAGUCACUAGGAGCAGACCUGGAAGUCUCCAUGUACUCCCCACCUGAUCCCCUGAUGGAGUAUAACCUGAUCGUGAUCUGGCUCAUGGCAGUCUUCACUGUGGGAGUGGGGGGCUACUGGGCAGGCACUGUCGGGGGGAAGAAGAAGCUGAAGAAGCGUCGACAGUACACAGCGGAGGAUGGGGAGAGAGAAGGGGAGGAGGAGGAGGAAGAGGAGGUACCGCCUGAAGAGGAGGAGGAACCUCAGACGGUGGAGAUCUCGCCCAAGUUCAUCGCCAUCUUUGUGUUCAUGAUCUGUGCACUGCUGCUGCUGCUCUACUUCUUCUACAACUACUUAGUGUACGUGAUCAUUGUCAUAUUCUGCCUGGCAUCAGCGAAGGGUCUGUACGUCUGUCUACUGCCCAUUGUGCUGUGGCUACCAGCUAACUGCAGAAUUCCAGAGAACAAGCUGCCGUUGCUGAAGAAGCGCCCCCUAGUAAAGUGCAUCAUCCUUGCAGCGUGCUGCGUGACAGUUUCUCUCAUCUGGUUUAUCUUCAGAAAAGAACGUUGGGCCUGGAUCCUCCAAGACGGCCUGGGCAUAGCAUUCAGUAUCUACAUGCUGAAAACAAUACGCCUGCCUAGCUUCAUGGUUUGCACGAUCUUGUUGUCAGCGUUGUUUGUGUAUGAUAUCUUCUUCGUCUUCAUAACUCCACUUAUUACCAAGGCUUGUACGAUCUUUUGCUGCUCCCUCCUUGUGUGUGAUGUGUUCUUUGUCUUCAUUAUCCCCCUUUUCACCAAGAGUAAGACCAGUGUGAUGGUUGAUGUAGCCACAGGACCUGCAGAUGCUACUGAACAGAUCCCGAUGGUCCUGAAGGUUCCCAGUCUCAGACAUUCCGGCUCAGCCAUGUGCAACCCCUACUCACUACUGGGCUUCGGGGACAUCCUGGUGCCAGGUCUUCUUAUUGCAUUCUGCAAGUUUUUUGACUCCAAGAUUGGAAGCUGGGGCAUCUACUACCUGUCCACACUAGUAGCAUACGGUGUCGGGAUGAUCAUCACCUUCUUUGCCCUGGUGUUCAUGAAGAACGCCCAGCCGGCUCUCCUGUACCUGGUUCCCUGCACGCUCCUCACCGCAACGUUUGUGGCCUGCCGACGCGGGGAGAUCAAACAGUUCUGGCGGGGAACCACGGUUGUUUCUUUAAGAAUGAGGUACAAGAAGGAAGGAGUGUUACUUGAGGACCAAGACGAAGACGACAAACUAAGACAAGACGAGGAACAAGGAACAACCAGGGAAGGAGAGAGAGAAGACUUAAGGAGCGAAGAGGAAGGGGCAAUCGGCGGGGAAACAGAAACGACGCCAAAAACGACAGAAACAGAACGUCAGACCGACCCUGACGCCAUAGUUCCAUACGCCGGGUCUCCUGUACAGGAACAGCGAAGCCCAACGCGGUCGUCGCUAGCGAAAAGUCCGCGGAGUCCGAGCUCAAAACAUGUCACUAUACGAACUUAGGGACAGUUGAACAUUGUAGAAAAGUACUCUCCAAGCAGAGGUUUGGGUUUUGUCUUAU